AUGAACUACACCCCCUUCCGUCCUUGCCCCCCUGACUCCCUCUCCCUCGCCGAAUCCCUCAUUCUCCGCGGCUGCCACCCUCUCCCUCGCCGCCGCUGCUUCUCACCUUCCCAUUUUGUCAGAACCCAAACGGAACCCAAAACCGACAUCACCCGCCUCCUCUCCGCCGGAUCCGCCCUCGAUCUCCCCGUCCCCCAACUCCUCCGCCUCUCCCCCUCCCCCAUCCGCCUCGCCCUCGACAUUGGCGGCGGCUCCGGUGCUCUAGCCUCCCUCCUCCGCCGACUCGCCAACGCCACCGUGCUAACAACCACGAUGAACCUCGGCUACCCAUACAGCGAGGCCGUUGCCUCUCAAGGUCUAGUCCCACUGCACAUGCCGCUGCAGCAGCGGUUCCCAGUCCACGACGGCUCACUGGAUCUCGUCCGCGCCGGCCGGGCGGUGAACCGAUGGAUUCCGACGCCAUCUCUGGAGUUUCUCCUCUUCGACGCCGACCGUGUGCUUCGUCCCGGCGGCCUCCUGUGGAUGGACCACUUCUUCUGCCGCACCGGCGACCUCACCGGCAUCUACACUCCGAUGAUCGGAAGACUGAGCUAUAAGACAAUCAAAUGGGCGGUGGAGAACAAGACCGACGGCGGCGGUGUAAGGUACGGCGAGGUUUAUCUCACCGCGUUGCUCCAGAAACCGCCGGUUCUAGCUACCAAGGUGUGA